AUGCGUGGUCUUACUUUGCUUGCAAUGGCUGUCUUUGGUAGCUCUGCUCAAGCAGACUAUGAAGGCUCUGAAGCUCUUCACAAGCGUCAAUUGUCUGAUAUAGACUCCGAUGGUUAUCUAGAAGGCACAAGUCAGUACUCUUUAUAUCUUGUCUUGUUCAAUGCUACAGAUGGCAAUGCCAACACAAGUAAAAGACACCAUUCCAAAAUGUCUUCAAUUACUUGGCACUUGACACGAUUGUUGAUACCUAAGAGAUAUACUCCCACAAGGGGCUAUAGAAUCUGGAGCACUAACAAGAGUGACUAG